AUGUCUAAGGCCUACGAUAGAGUGGAGUGGAAAUUCCUUGAUGCCAUGAUGGAAAAAAUGGGCUACUGCACAGUCUGGAGGAAAUGGAUUUGGAGCUGUCUCUCCUCAGUCACCUACUCUUUCAAUAUUAAUGGUGUACCAAAAGAAUUUGUAAUUCCAGAAAGAGGAAUAAGACAAGGUGACCCUCUGUCACCUUAUCUUUUUCUCUUAUGUUCAGAAGGUUUCUCCAAUUUACUGAAGCAGGCUGAAGGAGAUAAAAGGAUCACAGGGAUAAAGAUUUGUAGAAAUGGGCCAAGACUGACUCAUUUAUUCUUUGCUGACGAUUCCUUGAUUUUCUGUAAUGCUGAAAAAGAGGAAGCAAGGGAACUUGUACAAAUUCUGAGGAAGUAUGAGAAGGGGUCUGGUCAAUCCAUAAAUCUGGAAAAGUCCUCAGUUUUCUUCAGCCGCAAUGUCAGUCAUCAGAGGAAAGGGGAAGUGAGACAAAGCCUUGGUCCAAUCCAGGUGGCUACACAAGGAAAGUAUCUGGGGCUCCCUAUGGUGAUAACAAGAUCAAAGCAGCAAGUGUUUGGUUUUAUUAAGGAUAGUAUCAGCAAGAGGAUGACAAGCUGGAAAAACAAGCUGCUCAGCCAAGGAGGGAAGGAAGUGUUAUUGAAGGCAGUUUCCAUGGCAAUGCCAGUGUAUACCAUGUCCUGCUUUAAACUUCCAAAAACUCUGUGCAAAGAAGUGACCUCCAUUUUUGCGAAAUAUUGGUGGGGAGAAGCUGAUGGGAGAGAUAAGAUGCACUGGUGCUCGUGGGGAAGAAUGGCUAUGGAGAAAAAGGAGGGAGGAUUAGACUUCAAGGACUUACAGAAGUUUAAUAAAGCAUUGCUGGCUAAACAGGUUUGGAGGCUGAUUACCAAACCAAACCUCUUAGUCAGCAAGGUAUUGAGGGCAAAGUAUUUCCAUAGGGACUCUAUCUUCAAGUGCAAAGUUCCUAACUGUGCUUCAUGGAUCUGGCAAAGUCUAAUGAAUGUAAGAGAUUUGGUGCAAAAGGGAACUAGAAAGAGGAUAGGCAAUGGCAAGACAACAAACAUUUGGGAGGACAUUUGGAUCCCUGGUAAUGAGGAUGGAAAAGUCACUUCCGCAAUGCCUCAGAACUGCACUAUCAGAAGAGUGGAUGAGUUGAUCAGUGGAUUCAGGUGGAAUAAACCAUUAGUGAUUAGAACUUUCAACCAGAAAGAUGCGGUGGAAAUCUUGGAUAUCCCUAUCAGUAUCUCUGGUAGGGAAGACAGUAACUAUUGGGUUUAUAGUGGUCAUGGUAGCUAUACGGUCAGCCUAGGGGAAAUCAACCUAGGGGAAGAGGAGAUAACGAAGCAGAAACAAGCUCAGCAAAUUCUAAAGGGAGACAAUGGAAGGAAACUGAAGAUAAAAAUUUGGAGCUUAGAGAAUACGACCCCUGAGGGUGCUGAAAGAGAUAAAGAGGAGGAAGAACCAGAGGAGGGAGGAAGUGAUGAAAUGCAGAUUAGAAUCUCAACUCAAGUGCAUGAAUCAACUAAUAGAAUUGGCACAGGGAUUAUAGCAACUAACUUCAACCAGCAGCUGGUGGCAGCCUGGGCACUUACUGACAGGAAAGCAAGGAAUCAGCUGCAGAAUGUUGCUGAAGCUGUGAAGAUGGCCAUUAUAAAGGCCAGACAACAGCAAUGGCAGAAAAUUACAGUCUACAUACCCAGCUCUCAGCUGUUGAAAGGGCUAACGGAAGGAAUAGCCAAGGAUAUCAAACUGGCUACUUUGACUGAUGAUAUUAACAAUUUAAGAGCUUUAUUUCUGAAAUGCUCCUUUUGUUUAGAUAGGAGAUUAGACUCCAGAUAUGAACUGAUUAGUGGUUAUGCCUUAGGCAUAUUUCAGGAUGAGAAAUGGAUCAAUCCUCAAUGUGUCUAA